AUGUUCAUAAACAGUAAGAAUUCUGAUGGCAAAGCGCCUUUACAUCUUGCUGCAGAAAAAAGCGAUUUAUAUUAUGGGGAACUUUUAUUAAAGGAUGGGGCGGAUGUUAAUGUCAAAACAAGUUACGGAGAUAGCCCAUUGUAUAUAAGCGCUGUAUUGCGUCGUAAAGAUUUUGUUCAACUUCUGGUGAAAUGGAAAGUCAAUGUCAAUCAACUGAACGGUCGUCAUAAAAUGUCAGCUUUACAUGCGUGUUGUCAAUCGGGAUGCAAGGAAAUUGCGGAUAUUCUGUUGGAUGCAGGCGCUGAUGUAAAUCUGGUUGACGGGAGCGGCGAGACAGCUUUAUAUUACGCUGCUAGGUGUGAAAGUUCGAAACUCGCUAAGUUGCUUAAAGAAACACGUAAUAUUAUCGAUCGAGCUAGAUUUAGUAAAAAACCGGCUGACUUGACGCAUUGGACAGCUUUAUAUACUGCUGCUGUUAAAGAAAGUAAGAGUCUUAUACAGUUGCUUUUAGAUAAAGGCGCGGAUGUUAAUAGCACUGAUAACUUUGGUACAACAGCUUUACAUAUCGCAUCACAAGAGGGCUCAAAUGAAAUUGUCGAUUUUUUACUUCAAGCUGGAGCCUCAGCAGAUAUCAUAGACAACUGUGGUCAAACAGCUUUACACUGUGCUGUUCAGGUAGGGGUAAAUUCUGAAACAGCCUUAACACUGUUAAAAAAGACAAGCGUUUUUGACAUCGCAGAUAGCUGUGACAACACAGCUUUACACUACAGCUGUAAGAACGAUCUUAAAGAAGUUGUGGAGGCAUUACUGGAAGCUGGAGCUGAUGUUGAGCGCAGAGGCCUGUUGGGAAGUACCCCAUUACACUACAGUGUAAUAGGGAAGAAGAUUGAGACCAUGAGACUGCUUAUCCAACGUGGCGCUAAUCUUGACAUCACAGACAAUAACGGUCAGACUGCUUUGGAUAUGGCCACUAAGAAAUCAAACAAUGAAGCAGUUGCUGUUCUAAGACAACACGGAGCUAAAUCAUCAGCAGAGAUUAAAGAGAAAAACACCAGCACUGUUGUGGACUCUUCAACGUUUACAGAAGUUAAAUCAAUGACAGAAACAACUUCAUCACCAAGUAUCACAACGCCACCACCUUCUGCUUAUACUCCAUUUUUAAGAGAUGAUACUACCCCAAGUAAUUACACUACACCAUCUAUGGAUGCAACACCAUCAGCUUCUUCAGAUGCUCCAAUUGAAAGUGGUGAUACCAUCCCAAAUUCUGAUAAUGCAACAUCUUUGGUUAUGACACCAAUAGCUUCUACAACUAAUUUGGUUAGAAGUGAUGAUACUACCCCAAGUAACGAUACUACACCAGCUAUGGGUACAACACCAUCAGCUUAUCCAACUACACUAGAUACAAGUGAUGAUACUAACCCAAGUAAUGAUACUGCACCAUAUAUGGAUACAACACCAACAGCUCAUACAAAUACACCAGAUGCAAGCGAGGAUAUUACCCCAAGUAAUGAUACUACACCAACAAAAGAUACAACACCUAAAGCUUCUACAACUACUCCAAAUGAAAGUGAUGAUACUAACCCAAGUCAUGAUAAUGCACUAUAUAAGGAUACAACACCAACAGCUCCUGCAACUACUCCAAAAGCAAGAAAUUAUACUACUCCAAGUAAUGACACUACACCAAUUAUGGAUACAACACCAUCAGCCAAUCCAACUACUCUAGUUACAAGUGAUGAUUAUACCCCAAGUACUGAUACUGCACUAUCUAAGGAUACAACACCAAUAGAUUCUACCCCUACAAUUACUCAUACUGCACCAACUAUAAAUACAGUACCAAAAGACUGUAUCACGACUAACACAGUUAUUACUACCCCAAAUAAGCAAGACACAAUGGCCAGAAAAGCAAAGACUAGGAACAGCAAAUCGCCAAUUAUAAAUAAUGUCAAGAACUGUAUUUUCCACUUCAACUUCAACCAAAUGAACAUCGACAAUGUCGGCAAUCUGGCCCUCAAUGGAAAUAUCAUAAUUUAUAAUCAAAAUAAGAAGCCUGUAUCCGGCAUAACAAGACAGGCCCUGACACGGGAUCCACUGCAUAAAAGUAAUAGAUGUCAGCCAAGUACCCGCAAGAAAAAUAUAUAG